AUGUCUCUAUUUGCGAAGAUGUUCUGUGGGGGAGAAAAGGUCAGAAAGAAAAAGUGUGAAGAAGACGAAUCAGAGAAACUUCAGGACGCAGAGGAGUUGCUGCUGAAGAAGAAAGACUUUCUGAAGAGAAAGAUUGACCAGGAGCUGCUGUGCGCCAAGAAAAACAGCAGAAAAAACAGACGAGUGGCUUUGCAGGCACUGAGAAAAAAGAAGAGGUACGAGAAAAAUGUCAAGCACAUCGACUGUGCUGUGAAGGCUAUGAGGUCGGCUCAUGAAUACAUGGACAUUCUCAGCAAGGUGAACGACCUGAUUAAAGACAUCACAGAGGAGCAUGAAGGGGCCCGAGAAGUGUCAGACACCCUCUACACAUCUGCCAGCUUUGGAGUGGAGUUUGAUGAGAACGAGCUGCAGGCCGAGCUGGAGAGGCUGGUGAGGAAUCUGGAUGAGAGCAUCUUUGACAAUGACAAAAUGGAGGAGCGGCUCCCUUCUCCUAGAGUGCCAUCCACGGCAUCACCUUCCCAGCCUGCCAUGUCGGAGGAAGAGGAGAUUGAGGAUGCUUUAGAUCAUCUGCGGCGCUGGGCUAAUGAACCCCUGUAA